AUGGCACUGGGGCUGCUGAUCGCGGUGCCUCUGCUGCUGCAGGCGGCGCCCCCCGGAGCGGCUCACUACGAGAUGCUGGGCACCUGCCGCAUGAUCUGUGACCCAUAUAGCGUCGCUCCCGCAGGGGGACCCGCGGGCGCCAAGGCUCCACCGCCUGGACCCAGUACCGCUGCCCUGGAAGUUAUGCAGGACCUCAGCGCCAACCCCCCGCCUCCGUUUAUCCAGGGACCAAAGGGUGAUCCGGGGCGACCAGGCAAGCCGGGGCCUCGGGGUCCUCCUGGAGAGCCAGGGCCUCCUGGGCCUAGGGGUCCCCCGGGAGAGAAGGGAGACUCGGGGAGGCCAGGGCUACCCGGACUGCAGUUGACAACCAGCGCGGCCGGUGGCGUUGGAGUGGUGGGUGGCGGAACCGGGGGCGGUGGCGACACGGAGGGAGAAGUGACCAGUGCGCUGAGCGCCGCCUUCAGCGGUCCUAAGAUCGCCUUCUACGUGGGACUCAAGAGCCCCCACGAAGGCUACGAGGUGCUCAAGUUCGACGACGUGGUCACCAAUCUUGGCAAUCACUACGACCCCACUACCGGCAAGUUCAGCUGCCAAGUGCGGGGCAUCUACUUCUUCACGUACCACAUCCUCAUGCGUGGCGGCGACGGAACCAGCAUGUGGGCGGAUCUCUGCAAGAACGGGCAGGUGCGAGCCAGCGCCAUAGCCCAGGACGCGGACCAGAAUUAUGACUACGCCAGCAACAGUGUGGUACUGCACCUGGAUUCAGGUGAUGAAGUCUAUGUGAAGUUGGACGGCGGGAAGGCUCACGGCGGCAACAACAACAAGUACAGCACGUUCUCGGGCUUUCUCCUGUACCCGGAUUAG